AUGUCACCUCGUUCCCCCGACACCGCCGCUUCGCCGGCACUCGUUUCGGAUGCGCCGCACGGUGCUAGUGGCCCUGCCGAAGAGACUUGCAUGCAACACCAAGACAAAUCAGAGGAUACCGACGAUGAGCAACAGGAAGAGCUACUAGACGAUGCAGUCUCGGAAUCGAACACGGUUACUUAUGGUCAGGAACCAUUCGAGACAAUUCAGCACAAAGUCCCCGCACUGGCCGCGAAACUAUUCCGGCGAAGCCCAAAGGAUGUCACAGUCCAUGAAAUGAAGGGUGGCUCUUUCAACCGAGUUAUCGGAAUCUCGUUUCCACAGAAGCCCAAGAAGUUUAGCUUGGCCUGGUUUCUGUUCCCUUGCCUGAGCACGCGCAAGAAGAAGUCCGCACAACUGGAGUCGUACAUCUUCCGUAUCCCGCGGUGUAGUUACGAAGAGGAUGACGGCUUUGCUGCGCGCAUGGGCGACUCUAUGAAAGGAGAAGUAUCAAUCCUGAAGGUAGCUGGCUCUCGGGUGCCUCUGCCCAUCCCCAAGGUCGCAAGUUAUGAUCUCACGACUGCGAACAUAUUCGAACGGCCAUACAUGGUCCAGGGUCGCCUCCCGGGUCGCACCCUGGCGACGGACCUUGCGAAUAACCUGAACAUAGAGCAAAUGAAGUGCCUCACGAAACAGAUUACCGCUCUUGCUCCCACCAUUGCUUUAGUGGAAGGUCCGGCGGGCGAUAUAUCUGCUCAGAACCUCAACAAGCCUCCAAACUCUCCAAUCUGCACCGAGAAGUUCUUUAUACCGUCUCGUAAUGAGCAGAAGAAGCCCGAGCCGGCUUCGACUUAUAAGCCCAUCGACUACCUUCUUGAGCGAUGCGCGCAGUGGCGUGCAUUUUACGAGGAAGAGGGCGUUUGUUUCGAUGACGUCUGGGUGAGCUUCGAGAGGAUCUCUAAAGCACUUGAAACCCGGGGCUUUCUGAGUGGGCCAUGUGUACUGGUUCAUGGCGAUCUCAAGCCUUACAACCUCCUGGCUGAAGUACGCAGUGAUACCGAGGCGGUGAUCACCGGCGUUAUCGACUGGGACUCAGCAAUCAUUGCCCCCGAGUUCAUGGCUUAUAGAGCUCCAUUCUGGCUCUGGGCCCCCGAGGAUAUGUCUGGCGAUGAGUCGGAUGACGAAAGCGUGGCAAACGUGGAGGUCACCACUGAUCUGGACAAGAUCUUGAAGCAAGUGUUUCUCGACAAUGCGUCGGAGAAGUAUAAGCUGUAUGCCUUCUCACCAGAGGCGAUGCUGGCUAGACGCAUGUUCGAUAUACUGAAGACGGGAAUAUUAGGGGGUACCCAUCGCCUGGAAGAAGCGAAAAGCGUCAUCAAAGAGUGGACUAAACUCCACCCCGAGGAUGAUGUUCGGUUCCGUGAUCCCUACGAGUCCGACUCUGAACCUGAAUCUGAUGAUGAGCCUGCAAAGGAAGCAGAGCAAGACGAGAUUAUGUCUGACUCUGACUCUGACUCUGAUGAAGAGCCUGCAAAGAAUGCAGGAGAAGAUGAAUCUGUUAUUGCGGAGUAG